AUGCUCGUGACAGCGCUUAUUCUCAAUCCAUCAGGUCCUUCGCUCUCCCUCCCCAAGAGCAUGAGCCUUCGCCAGGCAGGGACGAGUCUUGGGCUGCGCAUGGCGAUCGACCCGCAGGAGGUUGAGAAAUUCAUGGACAAGGCUGAGAACGGCAAAGUGAAACCGAAGAAGAGGACCCCACUAGCAACCGCGAUGAACAAGCGCUCCAAGGCUCUGGCAAUCGGGAUGGAAUGCUGCACUGGUGUGGAGGGCCUAAGAGAUGGUCAGUGCUGUGCCAUCUGGAUCGACCUGCAGCCGGAGGGAAGAGACUUGGAGUGCCUGGAAGCAUUCGGCAAAGAGCAGCAGACUGCUGCGGGAGAGUUUCCAGGCCCUGUCUGUGUGAUCCGAGGGGGGGUGUCCUCCCUCAAGGAGAUUGCAGAAGCCAAGGCAGCCGGUGCUGGAGCCGUGGCGUUCGCUGCUGGCGAUCUGUCAGAGGAGGAAGCGGGGAAACUGUCGCGGUACGCUCAGGUUCUUGAUAUGGAAGCCGUAGCCAUCGUUUCGCAAGAGGACGAUGCAAAGAUCGCGGCGGCAUGCAACUGCGAGGUGGUGAUUGCUGAGGCAUAUGACGCCGAGUCUGCUCAGCAGAUCUUGAAGAGUCUUCCCGAGAGUCAAGUCAGGAUUGCUCGAGUCAAUUAUAGGAGAGAGACAGAAGAAGAUUGCUUCGAGCUGACAAAGCAGCUCCACAGCUCGGGGUACACGGGAGUCAUCGUCUCGGGAGUUUGCAACGGCGUCCCUGAGGACCUGGAGCAGGCCCUCUACGUCAUAGGGCAGAUGACAAGCAAGCGCAGCUCUCAGGUCAACCUCCGUCUCCUCGGGGCUGAUCGUCUCCCCGGUGCCCCGGUCUCGCGCGAGCCCUCCCCUGCUCCGAGCUCCCCUGCCCCUGCAGGAGUGUCGACUUCGGCUCCAAAGAAGACGGGAGGAAAGACCAAGGUCGGGAUGGACACGUUCGGGCUCGACGAGUUCAUGUUUGUGAACUUGCUGUUGCUAGAGUUUAUCAGUAGCGAUGGUGAUGGUAAAGAUGGUUAUGAUGACGACUACGAUGACGAAGAUGAAAGGAAGGGAAUGUUGAAAUGGACGGAGCAGGGAGGGGGAGAAGAAGAAACUGUGACGGGGGAGCGUCAGGACGAGUCGGAAGUACAGGAGGAGAAGGAGCAGGAAGAGAAGGAAACAGCGGUCUCAACCGUUCAGCCGGAAUAA